AUGAUGCCAAUGUACAGAUACAUGGAUUCAGACCCCUACCAAAGAAAUCAAACCUUCUCUUUCCCUCAGCCCCAUUAUCCUGGUCUCAGAGCCAACUCACCUAGGCCAUUUGAGCCUUGGCCCUAUGGUGGCAACUACAGCUACCCAAUUUCGUGCCAUUCUUGUUGUAGCCAUAACAACGUCCCCGGCCACGAUGGUUUCAGACCCUCUCACCCUCAUGUUUCAAUGCCAUCACCAGUAUUCUUUUAUGGGGGUUAUCCUCUUCCAUAUCAUGAAGCCUACCCUGUCCACUAUGUACCUCCUCCUCAUUAUUCGAUGGAGAUUCCUAAAUAUGAGUAUGAUAAGAAUAUGCCUCCAAGUUUUCACUGCUGUGGGUGUCCUAAUCAUCCUCGCCACCAGAAUAUGGAUAAGGGUGUUAAGAUUGAAGAACAAGGACCGGUUGUUGAAAAGAAGGCGCAUGACUCUUUGGUUCCGGUUCAGUUGAAAAACAACCCUUACCCAAUUGUGUGGAUUCCACCCGAAUCCAUGAAUGGUGGAGAGCAAAGGAAGCUCUCUGAACCAGAGACCAUAGAUGAGAAGAAAAUUCCAUGUAAUUCGAAGCCUCAUGAGAGUUUGAAGUCUCAGGAAGGAGAUCAAAGGCAUGGUUGGUUCCCCUUUGACUUGAACAACAUUGGGUCUUUGAUGCAAGGUGGAAAUAAGGGGCAGGUUCAGGAUCAACAGAAACAGAUGGAGGAUAAAAACAAGGAAUUUCCAUUUCCAAUUUUCUGGGUGCCAUCUUAUGAGGAGAUUGGAAAGAAGGAUAAGGAUGUGAAUGCUUCUCAGGAUCAGCAGAGUGAAGACCAAAAGAAGCAAUUUCCAUUUCCGUUCUUCUGGUUGCCUAAUGAAAACAAGGAGGAGGAGGAAGUAGGAAAGGAGGACAAGAGGGAAAUGAAUUCCACUCCUAAGAUUGUUCCAAUGAACAUUUCUGAGAAGGGUGAUGUUACUAACGAGACUGGAGUGAAUGAAGAGAAACCUGCUGGUCAGAGUGUUGUUGAGAGAAAGGAAAAGACUGCUAAUCAGAGAAGCAUACAUGUGAAGCAAAUGAAUCAAGAGGAGGAGGAGAACAAAUAUGAAGACACUGAGAGAAGAGGAAGAAGUGUCCCUGUGAAACAUGUAGAAGACAAUAUAGCUAACAAACCUUCUGGUACCAGUGUCAGAGGACAAUCCUCUUUCCCGAAAAAGUCAUCUGAGCUGCCUCCUGUUUGCCUCAGAGUUGAUCCUUUGCCGAAGAAGAAGAAGGCAAAUGGGAGUUCACGAUCUCCUAGUCCUCCUGGUGCAAAAGGACUCGAGCAAGAGAGUUCAACUGAUGCUACCAAACCCUCUGCUUCUUUGGGCUUGCAAGAGAACGCGCAACAAGAUUCAAAAUCUGCUCCAAGGAACAGCAAGGAGGUGGAGCCUUCCAAAAAGGAGAGGGUUAUUCCGGUGGUGGAUAGGAACAGCACUGUAGACAAGGAUGCGAUGCAUACACCCCAGAUUCCCGAGCAAGAAAGGCACGAGAUACAACAGUUGACAAUGUGGAAGAGAUAA